CGCUCGGCUCUGCCUCCCGCCGGCCUCCCACGCCUCCCGCGAGGUGCGGCCGCGCUACAUAAACACGGCGCCGCCGCCGCCGCCGGGGCUCUCCUCUCGCAGCCCGACGGAGCAGCCUCGCCCGCGGGAAGCGGCGAGCGGCCGGACGGGGCGGCGGGCACCGCGCUCCCCCGCGGCCGGCGGCACCUGCCGGAGGAGGAGGAGGAGGAGGAGGAAGGGCGGCGGCUCCCCGCCGGCGCGGGCUCUCCCCGGCAUGGCCCUGGCGGACAGCGCCCGCGGGCUGCCCAACGGCGGCGGCGUGUCGCCGGCGGCGGCAGCGGGCGGCGCGGCGGCGGGGCCGGGCGGCGGGGCGGCGGCGGGGCCGGGCGGCUGGUCGGCCUUCCCGGAGAUCGUGGAGCUGAACGUGGGCGGGCAGGUGUACGUGACGCGGCGCUGCACCGUGGUGUCGGUGCGCGACUCGCUGCUCUGGCGCAUGUUCUCGCAGCAGCAGCCCAGCGAGCUGCCCCGGGACAGCAAGGGCCGCUUCUUCCUCGACCGCGACGGCUUCCUCUUCCGCUACAUCCUGGACUACCUGCGGGACCUGCAGCUGGUGCUGCCCGAGCACUUCCCCGAGCGCAGCCGCCUCCAGCGGGAGGCCGAGUACUUCCAGCUGCCCGACCUGGCGCGCCGCCUGGCGCAGGCGCGGGCCGCCGCCGCCGCCCGCCCCGCCGCGCUGCACCGCGACGGCUCGCUGUGCGCCGACGAGCCGCCGCCGCCGCUGCUCGGCUACCUGGAGGCCGAGCCGCCCGAGGGCGGCGGCGGCGCCGCGUCCGCGCCGUCGCCCACCUCUAGCCGCAGCCCCUCCGGCGGCCCGCUGCUGACGCCCUCGCAGUCGCUGGACGGCGCGGGCGGGCGGCGCUCGGGCUACAUCACCAUCGGCUACCGCGGCUCCUACACCAUCGGGCGGGAGGCGCAGGCCGACGCCAAGUUCCGGCGGGUGGCGCGCAUCACCGUGUGCGGCAAGACGGCGCUGGCCAAGGAGGUCUUCGGCGAGACCCUCAACGAGAGCCGCGACCCCGACCGCCCCCCCGAGCGCUACACCGCCCGCUACUACCUCAAGUUCAACUUCCUGGAGCAGGCCUUCGACCGCCUCUCCGAGGCCGGCUUCCGCAUGGCCGCCUGCUCCUCCACCGGCACCUGCGCCUUCGGCCCCGAGCAGGGCGGCCCCGCCGACGACAAGAUCUGGACCAGCUACACCGAGUACGUCUUCUGCCGGGACUGAGCCCGCCAACAUGGCGCCGGCCCCGCCGCACGCGCCCCGGCCCUGCCCGAGCACGCGGAGGGCGGCGGCGGCGGCGGCGCGCGCUCUCCUCGCGCGCGGGCCGACGCCGGCGGGAGGCCGCCAUGUCGCGGCGCCGUCCCCCCGCCCCCCCGUCACGGGCCUGCCAGGUAGCCGCGUAGGUAGCGGGGAGAGGGGGCGCCGGCCGAAAACGCACCCCACGCAGGACGGUGUGCGUGGGGCUGCCGCUGCCCCCUCCCCGCUCACCCGCGCGGAGGGACGGCCCCGCCGCCGAGGGCAGCUUUGCGGUCGUUCCUAGGGGCUGAGCAACUCUUUCCAGUUGCUUUCCAGCAACUUCUGCUGAAGACGGAGGGGCAAACGGCUUUCUUUCCUCAUCCCCCGUGCUCUUGAGAUGUCGCCUGCUGGGCAGGUUUGUACCUGUCCAUCUCAUCUCCCUUCCCUCCCCCCAAAGUGAUGCCUCUCUGCGAGGAAUGCCACUCCAGCUCCUCUUUCCUCCGCAGAAAUCAGUAAUUUUGCAAGAAGCGCGGCGCGACCCUUGAUGACCGGUUGCAUCCAUAUCCUCAUUCUGCUUCCUAAAUGUCCCAACUUCCCCCUCAAAGCUUUUAACCUAGAUCAGGGCCUGUGUGGGAGGUGUGUAAGGCUGAUGUGAGAGGACAAAUUCUCUGGAUAACCAAUGGCUUGAACUAUAAAAUGACCUCAGAGACACGUCUGCCCCCUCUAGAGGUAAAGCAACAACUCUGAAAAUUUAAAGUGCUUGUGAAUCGUAACUUUCAUGGGUGGUGUAAAGUCUUUAUAAUGCUCUUAAAGUUACUGUCUACAAUAUGCAUAGACAAUUCAAUGCGUAUUUUCUUCAACACCCUUAAAAUGACGGGUGAAAUAGAAGCAGGCUUGCCAGAGUGAAGGCAGAGCCUGCUUCCUGUGAAAGUGGUACCAUGUAUGUUGAAUAGAUGCAGAUGUAUGUUAUAAGUGUAAACAAGAACACCCUGCUUAUUACUUUAAGUUUUGUCGUUUUAGUGUUGUAAACUUUGAAGCCAACAGAAUUGAUGCUGAAACAGCUUUUUUCAAGAAACAGUUUCUUUGUUUUGAUGGCAAUAUUACCAGGGAAGUGACACUGCUAAGAGUUAAGUACCUCUUCCUAAACAAAGUUUAUACUUCUUAGAAAGGAUUAAGCCUGGUCCUUACAAAAGCAAGAACGAUGCCAGCUUUCUUCAGGGGAAAUUACCUUUCUGAAAGUGAAGCUUUUGAAGUGCAGUGUUUGCUUCAUAUAAUCUUUUAGUUCAUAUAAUCUAUAGUCUUUUUUUUUCCUAGAGGAGGCAGCCAUUGCAUUCUUUAGAACAGACUAUCUAAGCAGCAGUUUUUACAUUUAAAAAGAUUGAGCAGGUCUUUCCAAUAAAUUGCUGAAAAUUUGAGUAUAAAAGCACUUUAAAACCUGUACUUGACUUAAAAACCUGUAUUCUCCAUUCAGACCGUAACAGAAAAAUACAAUUUUGUAUCCUAAAUGUUCAAGAACUUUCAUGGUAUGUAUUAAAGCUUGAAGUUACAUUUUAAAAACUGUUAAAUAAUAAAUUGGUUGUCCUUACUCCUGAAUUUAGAAAUACUCCUAGCACUUGUAAUCUAACCAAAGAAUUUUGCAGUAGGGUUUUAUUUUUAAAACCUUAAUUCCUAUGAAAAGAGCUGUAGUUACAUAUGUAUUGAGUUUGAGUUCCAGCGCUUAGUCUCUGUCUUCACCACUUGGUCUUUUGUUAAGUGCAUGCAUAACUUCUGCAUAAAACUGAAAAUAAUUUGCCCUGUCAUGAGUUUUUUUAUAUUAGCGAGAUUGUUUAUUGAUGUGAUUACAUUGAAAAUACACAUAUGAAAGCACUGGCUAUUGUCCAGUUGUAGAUAGUUGUAUAAUGGAGUAUUUUUAAAAGGAGAGAAAUGUAUACAUGUCAAAGUAGAUGAGCAAUAAGAUAGCAAUGGGAGGGCAAUACAGCUGAACACAGAAUGAAAUCUCUUUGUCCCAUGCCCUACUCUGAGAUGAUUCUUUGUGCAUAUCUUAUUUAUACCAGAAGUGGAAGGGUAUUGAUCACAGCUACUAGGUCUUCACAGUGUCAUUCUCAAGAAUAAUGACUGUCUUUUUCUAAUUUCUGUUAGGUAAUUCUGAAGUAUGUUUUUUAAAAUUUUGUAUAAAAUCAGUUUUCAGUAAAGUGCUUAAAUUUGCUCUAGAUAGCUUUCUUUUUUUAAGGAUCUUGUACUGUAGCUUACUAAAUCCAUCAUAGGAGCUAUGAAUAGAAGCAGUUUUAAAUUGAAAUUGUGAUUUAGUGUACAUAUAUACAGUAUAUAAACAUUUUACACGAAUCUUUUAGUUUUUUAAUCAUUUUAGUGCUACAGAAUUUCAUAAUAUAUCUAGCCGAACAUUUAGGUAUUACGCUAUGUACAUAAUAUGGUAAUGUUUUGUUGGUUUCCUAUACCUGUUUCUAUGGAAAAACUGAACAUGAAUAUCAGCAUAAUUGUAGAACUGAAAUUGAUUACUUAUUUGCUUGAAUGCGAAUCAUAACUUAACCUCCAGAUGGCUAAAUGCAUCUAUAAAAUGAAGGCUGCCUGUAUUUUGAUCAGUGAAUGCCUAUCUGUUUGCUAGCAGGUGGCCCAGAAACUCUUGUGACAUUUUUAAGUAAAAAUGGAUGUAAUAAAAACAUAAACCGAUGAUUUUUAAUUUUCAUGUUUGUGCUAAAAACUUUACAAGUGAUUAACUUUAGGAAAUGGGGUCCUUCAUUUGCCAAUAACUCACUACAAUCUAGGCUUAAAGUGGUAGUGCCAUAAAUUUAAUAGUCAUUUGAUGGUUUACCAGGGAAGACUAUUUUUGAUAAACACAAAUCAGUAGUUUCAGUCACGUUUGUAAACUGCCCAGGGCAAAGUCACUGUGUUUUGCCAGUCUGUUCUACUGAGAGCUCAAAGGGUGGGUAAAUAUGACAACUCUGCUAACUUGUUGAUGUGCAGAAGGAUGAAAUCUGAAGGCAUUGUUGAGUUGCUACUGGAGUACUAUAUACUGUUCGUAGCCGUUGUUUUUCAUGCUUCAUGUACUUCUGGAUAUGCAGUAGCAUUUACGAAUGCUAUUAAAAAGCAAAGGCAAUCUUUCUUUUAAUUAGAAGUUAGGGCACAGGUCUCUUCAGUGAUGCAUAUCAUGGAGGAUAACUUUGGAGAUGUUUGAUAGGAUGUUUAUAUUUUUAUACAUGUAGAUAAUGAGCCACUUCUUCAUUCUUACUUUCACAUGUAUAGCAUUGAAAAUAAAGAUCCUUCUAGGAAAAUGUUGCAGACCAAAUUAAAUUCUGUUUCUUUAAAUACUAACUCAGUUGUGUGAUUUAUGCUGUCCUUUUUGCUCUCAUUAAAGACAUCAUUAGCUUUGCUUUCUGUUCUGCAGUAUCAAAUUCAUAACUUCAGCAAAGAUUCCUAGCUAAUAUGUAAAGCAGAAGCAUAGAACAAAGAAUGUAUGUGUACAGGGAUUGCUAAUAACAUCCAUGGCAAGAUAAACAGAAAUUUAUAAUGCUCAGAUCACACAUUUACUUUUUAAGAGGCACAGGCAAUUUUUGGUGGUACCAGUCAAUAUAAAUCAGUCCUUGUAGUGAUGAAAUAGCUUAAUUUGAAUAGCACAAAGUAAUUAUUCAGAUAAGAUGUUGAUGUUUUCAUGAAGCCAGGGAAUAAUAGUAUGGAAUAUAAUAGUUUUAAUUUAAUGAACCAAACAUGAAUACCUGAGGAAAUACUUGAUCUGUGAGAGCAGAAACAUUUUAGGAAUAAUUUUGUUUGGCUAUUUAAAAAGAAGAAAAAUGUUUUAAGAAAUUUCAUUAAGGAACAGAAGAGUGGUCUUCAUAGCUACUUCUGUGAUCUCUCGUGAAUUAUUAUAAAGCUAAUAGGGUGUACUGUGUUCAGAUUCGUAGAAAAGUAGGAAUGAAUUGCUACUAAAAGGCAUUUUUCCAUUCCUGUGAAUCAUCUUCAUACUUAGUGGAUCUUCCUUGGUAGCAUAGUUAGAAUGUAGAGGAACCAGCUGAAGGAAGCUUUAUUGAUCAUUUCCUUUGGUGACUUGACAGCAUUUGAGAGCUUUAUUAUAAUACAACAGUAUAAGAAAGGAAUUGUUCUGUGAACAACAGAACUGUGAGUCCUCUCUUCCUGCAGUCUUACGUCUCCUUUCCUUUACACUGCCAAUUCAGUUAUGCUACUCUCCCCCAUCUCUUUUAUUUUACUUUCACUAGGUGAAAGAAAGCAUGUACUUUGGCAGGGCCAUCUUUGGCUAUACUGAAUAUUAUGGCUGAAUUCUACCUUUCUUCGUUAGUGAACUACAGAUUUUUUUUCUUUACCAUACUAAUAGAAUUCAUGGAAUCUGUAAGAAUGUAACAUCUGUGAGGUAUUUUAGUUCUCUUUCAGUUUUGUUUGAAAUUGCAUAUGAGCUCAGAAGUUAUUAGGGGGGACAGAUGUCCAUCCAAACAGACAAUGCUCGUGGAGAAGUCUUAUUUCUUUAUGAAACAAGGGUAACAACAAAUUACUGUAAUUAAUGCUUGGCACUGUCUAUAUAAAAUCUUUUGUCAGAGGAGAACACAGUAGUCUAAGUGUACUAAACCCCUAUAGACCAAGGAGGCAAGCAGCCAUGCUUACUUUUGUAGCACUGACCAGUCAACUAAAUGAAUGGGUGGGCUAGACUGGCUUAAAACUUAUUUUCCAGCCUGCAGAUUUUUGCAGUUUCCAAUGCAGUUUCUAAAGGCUUUGAGACUUGUUACAACAGUCCUUCUUGGCUGCCUGUCCUCUUUACUGCUUAGGUCUUUGACAGCAGUUUUGAGAAUACUCGCAGAUGGCCUUAAGCUGUCUGUCAGUGCCUUUGCUGGAGAAAAUUUCUGUUACAAAUAUGGCGCUUUUAGGAUCCCUUCUGCCCUACUGGCUGGCUGAAAUGGACCAGAAUGUGGACAAAUAUAUUUUUCAAAGGUUGGUUUUGACUCAGUUUUUAUUGUAAGAGAACUUCAGUGUAUUCGUUAAUGCAAAAAGUAGUGGAAAUGCAUUGUUUCUUUAAAAAUACUAGGAUUUACCUUUGUGAAACUGAACAUUAGUUCUGUUUUUCAUAAAAUUGAGCAACAUGUGUUUUUUCCCUCUCAGUGAAGUGUACUAGAUGUAAGAUUCUACUGCUAAACAAAACUAUCAUUUAUAAUUGCUAAAGUAUUAAUACCACCAUUACAAGUAGUCUGUUUGAAAUACGCAACACAGUUACUGAGACUUAAAACUGCAGUCAAUCAAAUUAUUACAUUUCUUCCCUGUUCCACUCUCCAUUCUGUUCAAACUGUAAUAAAAUUAAACUUUGUUAUA